UAAAGCUGAGGCCGCUCUUUCAGUAGCCCCAGGAUACAAAAAAAAAGAAAACUUUUCCUGAAAUCUCCGAAUCCAAAUCCAAUCUCAGUGCAUCAGAUGAGCUUUGAAGCCUGCAAUUUGUGAACGCCUUCCUUGAUUGACAUCAAUGUUUUGUGAACGCCUUCCUUUCAAUCAUAUUUUACAUGAUAUUGAUUUUUCUGGUCAUUUGUUUGUAGUUUCUACUUUUUGUCUUUGUCUAAUAUUACUAUUUCCUCGGAAGUAUCACAAUCACAGCAUCAGCAAACAGGAAUCAUUACUAUUUCCUCGGAAGUAUCACAAUCACAGCAUCAGCAAACAGGAAUCUACAACGAGUUGCAUUAGACGAGGACAACUUCUACAGUUCCACCUUCAAGAGGACCCUCAACACUCUCAAGAGCAAAAGGAUGACGUUGACAACGACAAAUCAGACGCAGACGUCCGCAUCUCCAUCUUCAGCGGCCGUUGGAAUUGGAAAGGAUAUCCGAAGUGAGUUGGAUCCCCAAAGAGAGUCUUCGUCGAAGGCAAACAAAGAUGCAAAAGGUCCGACAUUCGUCUUCACUAGAAGAGACCUCGAGCGAAUCGUCUACGAUCAAUUUCAAUUUGAACCGGACUACAUCCGCGGCCAGCCCGGGCGCGGUUGCUCGCGACUUCGCUUGUUUGGUGAGGAUGAACUCCCAGAGGUGAUUUUGUUUCGAGACCAUCAUGCUUGGUGUCCGUUUUGCCAGAAAGCAUGGAUUUUACUGGAAGAGUUGCAAAUUUCCUAUCUGGUGAUCAAGGUGACGAUGUACAAUUACGGCGAAAAAGAAUGGUGGUACUCGAAGUACAUCCAUCAAGACGGCACGUUUCCGAGUCUGAUCAUCCUGAAAUCGCAAAGCGCGCGAAAGCUCGCACUGCAAGACAGCCUGGAACGGGCGGAAGAAGUGCGGCAAAGGAGGGAAAGUGUUCGGGCGAAAGCGGUCGACGUUGAAGAGAAGAAUUCGAGUGACGACAAGAACUCCUCGAGUAUUCCUGUACGAGGAGACGAUGGUAAUAUUAACAAAAGUGGGCGGAAAUCGUCGAGAACUUCUUCUAGCACUUCUGGUGGGAGCUUCUCAACAGCAGCGUUCUCGCCAAAUCAAAGAGUGUCGAAGUCCAAGUCCGAGUUGGAUUUUCAGCAUGACCCGGGAGAUCCGAGACGGGGAAAUCAGCCGAUCUCCAAAGCUGACUAUGAACUGGUAAACGAUAGCACACCUGUGAUGGCACGACUGGUAAAACUCAGCUUGGAGAAGGAGAGAACUCUAGAAGUGCUGCUAGAGCAUGAUCUUUCCCAACCUAGUUGGGACUUGAAUGACAAACGAACCGCAGCAAUUUGUUUCAACCUAGUUGAAGGGAAAUUGUUGGCUCACUUCUACCGUUGGUUGUCGUGUCAGCGUUGUAACUGGACUGACGAAAACGCGCAGGCAAUAGAAAAGGACAAUGCUCGACUAUUUCGCGAAGUGUGCGGGGAGGUCGAGAAGCUAAUCGGGCAGACACCGGAGUCUCCUUUCUUGUUGAGUUAUUUCAGCGUCUCCGACUGUGUCAUGGCACCCUGGCUAGAACGAAUGAUUAUGAGUGUGGAAUGUAGUUACUAGUUCUUGCUUCGAACUUGGUCUCUUUUUGCUACAACUCAGAGUACAUGUAGAUGUACAUGUACGAGACGAGACAACUUACUAGGAGACCUAUUUCCUAAUGCUAGUCUACAAAUGCUAGUCUUCUACAACAACUCUUCUAUUCCCCUGCUCCCCUACCCGUAUCCUCCUGUCCUUUCCCGUCCUUUCUAACUCCUACGCUCAGUUGUUCUACUACAAGGCGUUUGACAUGCGAGCAGAAUUUCCGGUCAUCGCAAAGUGGUUUCAAGCAAUGGAAAGCAGGCCCAGUUACAUGAUGAGCAAAGCCGACUUUUUCACGCAUACACACGCUAUUCCACAUCGCAUUAGACCCUGUUAUUUCGACGAGUGGAACGUUUCACCUGAGAAGUUAGCGGCCUGUUGGCAAGCAGUUGAAGCGGGGGCAGAGGAAGUGCCGGACUACUUCGACAGAGGAGCCAGAAGGUCUCCACGAACAUCAACAGAGCAAGUCGAAGCCGCACUAGAAGCAGCUCAUCGGGUUCUAAUUUUUUGGGACGUGCUUAGGGAGAAAACAACGGAGAUAGAAGGUAUAACAACUCCUGUUAGCAAAGUUAGCAAAAAAAACAGUUCUUUAGGAGUAAAUGCGAAUUAUACCGGUGAUUCCUUCGACUUGGCAAUGCGUCUAGUACUUACUAGGUUGCUUAAGCCGCUGUUGGGAUCGUCCACCGCGCAAGAAGCGGAACGCCUAGGGAGCUCUCUUGGAGAUGCACUUGACGAAAGUCAGAAAGCCGAGAAUCCACAAGAUGUGCUGCGUGUCCUGCAAUACUACAAGGAUCGCAUUUCGAUCCCGCGUGAUAUGAGUUACCACGCCGGCAAGCGCCUACGACGAGUCAUGUUUUCGGUAAUUCGAGAUCUUGCGACGGACGCAGGCAUGAGUGUGGAGUCGCCGUUUCCGAUCCCCUAUAAAAACAGAUUUGACGUGAGGCCUGACAAGUUUGUCGGCAAGGAGCACUAUAAACAUGUACCUAAGGUGAUAAAACGCAUACUGGAAGCACCACAAAUGCCUUGAUGUGCCUAACCAACAUGCAAGUAGACGUAACUUGUAGAAGGUACAAUUUGACUGAAAGACCACUCACAUCCACUUGACCACGUGGUAAAAGAGGGCACAUGACAUAUUGACAUGACGGCUGUGCUUAGCUUUGGUAGGAGUAGGAUAGAACAACAUGAUGAUCCUUCUAAUAACCUCUUAAGCUACUUUGGUUUUAGGUCUUUUCUGUUGUUCGUGCUUACUUUAGGGAGACACACAACAUUCGUGAGCACUUAGCAUCUGUAGAUUCUAUUUCCUAGUUCUAUUUGAUUGAUAUGCAGUGUAAAGUGAUUUGAAGAGCAUAUUGACAGUUGGAUUCACUCAACAGGUCUUGGACUGGAGAUUUCUAGUACUUGAGUCUUUUCGAUAACGAAAGGUUUCCACAUGAGCGGCGACAUGCGUAGUAUGAAUCAGAGUCCUCG